AUGCUCAGCGGCGACAAAGGUCAAGACUCUAAGCUGAGUGGAAGCGGCUACCCUGCAGUCAGAAGUGAUGGUAUUGGAACAGAUGCUGGAUCCGAGUGGAUUCUCGACAAUCGCAUUGACUGGCGGGCCCAGGUUGAUCCUAGUCUGCUCGGAAUUGAUAAGAUCACAAGGAAUAAUCCAGAAUGUUCCAAACGCCAGACGACUAUCUACCUUUCAGCAACUCCAAUAAUAUUGAAGUUCUUCCUCUGCGGUAUGUUCAUUGGGGAUAUCCGUACUUUCCAAUUUCCAUUCCUCCAUGUAUACGAUCCUUGA